AUGGUCCGUCUGAGGGAAAUCCCAAGGACGGCCACCUUCGCCUGGUCUCCUGGGGCUGCAUCACCAUUGAUCGCCACUGGAACCCGCGCUGGUGCCGUUGAUGCCGAUUUCUCGAACAAGACAUGCCUGGAGCUGUGGGACCUCAGUCUUGAUCGCCAGGAUGCAAGUGAAGAGCUGCAGCCGGUAGCUAAGAUUGACACCGAUACUGGAUUCAACGACCUGGCCUGGACCGAGCUUGACGAUACGAAGCGGGGCGUUAUUGCGGGUGGUUUGGAAAAUGGCUCACUGGAUCUAUGGAACGCUGAUAAGCUGCUCGCUGGAGCUAGCGAUCCGCUGAUGUCCCGAACCACGAAACAUUCCGGCGCCAUUAAGGCUCUCCAAUUCAAUCCCAAACACUCGAACCUCCUGGCGACUGGUGGUGCGAAGGGCGAGCUCUUCAUCGCGGACCUCAACAACGUUGAGAAUCCAUUUCGAUUGGGCACUACGGCAGCUCGCACAGACGACAUCGAGUGCUUAGACUGGAACAAGAAAGUCGCACACAUCCUAGUGACUGGUAGUAGCGCCGGCUUCGUCACAGUAUGGGAUGUCAAGACGAAGAAAGAGAGCCUGACACUUAACAACAUGGGUCGCAAGGCUGUCAGUGCUGUUGCUUGGGACCCCGAGAAGCCUACCAAGCUGAUCACCGCUACCCCUCUCGAAUCAGACCCCAUGAUUUACGUUUGGGAUUUGCGAAAUUCGCAUGCCCCAGAACGAACUCUCAAGGGACACGAGUCCGGUGUGCUUUCACUUUCCUGGUGCGCUCAUGAUCCCGAUCUCCUGCUCUCCUCCGGCAAAGACAACCGCAACAUUUGCUGGAACCCUCAGAUUGGCCAGCCCUAUGGCGAGUUCCCAGUUGUCACCAACUGGACCUUCCAGACUCGCUGGAACCCACACAACCCCAAUUUCUUUGCUACGGCAUCUUUCGAUGGCAAGAUCUCGAUCCAAACCCUGCAGAACACUAAGACCGAUGACGCACAGGCCAUCGCGGAUCACAACCAGGCACUUGACGGUGAAGACUUCUUUGCGAAAGCCCAGACACAGCCGCAAGUCUCCAAGUUCUCCCUCCCAAAGCCCCCUCGCUGGCUCGAGCGGCCCUGCGGUGUGUCUUUUGGCUUUGGUGGCCGUGUUGUUUCUGUUGGUCUCGCUGAAAAGGGUGGCCGCGCGUCUAAGGUCAGGAUCACUCCUUUCGAAGUUGAUGAGAGCGUCGGAAAUGCAACUGAGGAUUUCGAGACUGCUUUGAAGGAGGGUGAUUUGCGCAACCUUUGCGAGACCCGAGCUGCUGGCGCUUCUAGCGAAGAGGAGAAGGCUGACUGGAAGGUGAUCCAAGCUCUGCUCUCCAACAACCCUCGUAAGGGUUUGGUAGAGUACCUUGGCUUCCAGGAUCAGGCUGAUGAAGCUGCUGACAGUCUGGCAAAGCUUGGCCUAGACAAGAAGGAAGUCUCUUCGGAAGAGGCUAGUGGAGAGGUUGAGAAGCCGAAGUCAUCCGCAAAGAAGCACAAGCGGCUUCAAUCUAUGUUUGAUGCAACUCCUGAUAGCGAUAACUUCAUGUCCGAGCUGGCUGCAUCCAAGGGGGCUCAGACCAACAACCCCUUCCAAAUUUUCAAUGGCUCGGAAAGCGAGGCGGAGCAAAAGAUCACCCGCUCUUUGCUUCUUGGUGAAUUUGAGAAGGCUCUCGAUGUUGCUCUUCAAGAGGACAGAUUGUCGGAUGCAUUCAUGAUCGCCAUUUGCGGUGGCCAGAAAUGCAUUGAGAAGGCCCAGGAGUACUACUUCUCUAAGCAAGAUGGCGGUCCUAACUAUAUGCGCUUGCUCGCGUCCAUUGUGGGCAAGAACCUGUGGGAUGUUGUCCACAACGCGGAGCUUUCCAACUGGAAAGAGGUUAUGGCUGCUCUGUGCACUUUCGCUGAUGAGAAAGAGUUCCCUGACCUCUGCGAUGCUCUGGGUGAUCGUCUUGAAGAACUGGUUCGUGGUACUCAGGACAAGACUGCUCGCAAGGACGCAUCAUUCUGCUACCUGGCCGGCUCUAAGCUGGAGAAGGUCGUUGCUAUCUGGGUGGAAGAGCUUCGCGAGAACGAGCAAAGAGGCAUUGAAACCGAUGCUGACAACUCCACCUUCUCCAUCCAUGUCCGUGCCUUGCAGGGCCUGAUUGAGAAGGUCACCAUUUUCCGCCAGGUGACCAAAUUCCAGGAUACGGAGCGCACUAAGGAUUCCGACUGGCGUCUCAGCACAUUGUACGAGAAAUAUAUCGAGUACGCGGAUGUUGUCGCCACUCACGGUCGUCUCCAAAUUGCCCAGAAGUACCUUGAUCUUGUCCCCGACAAGCAUCCCGAGGCUGAGGUGGCUCGCAACCGCAUCAAGUUUGCUACGAGACAAGCUCCUCAACAGACACAGCCCGCCACCACUGCUCGAGGUGGCUUCAAGCCCUUGCCGCAGCAGCCCACUGCGUAUAUGCCCCAGCAAACAUUUACCCCUAUGGCUGCCACUCCUGCGGUCGGUGCACGGAACUAUACGCCCCCUGUCGGCCCGGCUCCUGCUCCUCCGCAACAGCCAGUGAAUCCGUAUGCCCCUCAAGCAGCCUCGCCGGCUCAGCCUUCCAACCCGUAUGCUGCUAUUCCCAGUGGUGGAGGCUACAAUCCGACUGGAUACCAGUCUACUCAAGGCAUGAGACCAGCGGCCUAUGCCCCGUCGACCCCGUUCACUGGGCAGCCUGCGGCUACUGGCGUACCUCCUCCUCCGCGCGCCUCAAAUCAAUCCCCGGCCAACAAUAUCACAACUUAUACUACGGCCACCGGUCUUCCUGCCUGGAAUGACUUGCCAGAGGGCUUUGCAAAGGCUCCUACCCCCCGACGUGGCACCCCAGCUGCCGCCGCGACAAUUAGCUCGCCAUUCCCUAACCAGUCCCCUCCUCUAGCCCAAGGUCCUCCGUCCCAAGGGCCUCCACCUACUGGUUCCCAGAGAGCUCCCUCUGUCCCUCCUCCCCCCAAGGGUGGAGCGCCUCCUCCGCGUGUGACAUCUCCUCUGACAUCGAGCCUCGCUCCUGGCCCUUCGCCUUCGCCGCCAGUCAACCCAUAUGCCUCCCUUCCUCAAUCUCCGCCUACAGGAGGCAUGGCCCCUCCGGCAUCGAUCCCUCGAGGACCCUCACCUUACAAUGCUCCGCCCAGCAUGGCGCCGCCAACUAACCGGUAUGCGCCAAGCCCGGCUGCCCAGGGCGCAAGCCCUCAAUUGCAGACGCAUGCCCCGGUUGCUCCUCCGCCACCUGCUGCUGCCUCGCCAUAUGCUCCCCAAGCGCCGCCGGCCUCGGGUCCAAGCCCCUAUACGCGCAGCUCUGCCGCCGCUGCCGUCCCGCCGCCGCCUAUGGCAGGCCAUGUCCCUCCUCCUCCCAUGGCAUCCCAGGCUGCGCCCCCGCCCCAGGGGUCUCGCCCUGGAACGGCCCAGUCCCAAAGAGCUGCUCCUCCUUCUACCCCUAAGUACCCACCCGGCGACCGCUCCCACAUCCCUCCUAGUGCAAUGCCCGUUUACGAGAUUCUCUCUGCAGACAUGCAGCGUGUCAAGGCUCGGGCGCCCUCUUCCUUCAAGGCGCAGGUCGACGACGCCGAGCGUCGUUUGAGCAUUCUUUUCGAUCACUUGAACAAUGAAGAUUUGCUCAAGCCGAACACCGUGGAAGACAUGGCGAACCUCGCUCGCGCUAUUCAGGGCCGUGACUACGAGACUGCACGUGCCGUCCACGUUGAUAUCAUGACCAACCGAACUGAUGAGUGCGGUAAUUGGAUGGUCGGUGUCAAGCGUCUGAUUAGCAUGAGUAAGGCUACCCCUUGA